AUGCCAGCAUCGGAACGAUUAAAAGCUAUUUCGAACGCCAUGAGUGGGCUCACAGUGCCCAUCAUCGACUUUGGUCGCUUCUUGAACGGUAGUGAGUCAGACAAGCAUGCCAUCGCUCAAGAACUUCUUGAAGCUGCUAGGGACAUAGGCUUCAUGUAUCUGGAGAACAUUAACAUAUCGGACAAAGACAUUCAAGACAUGUUCAAAUUGGCUGCAACCUUCUUCAAUAAGCCAUCCGACUACAAGAAUGCAUAUCCAUAUUCCGCAGAAAAGAAUUCUGGCUUCAUACAAUUUGGACAAGAAAAGCUCAAUCCGAACUCUGAAAAGACGGAUCCAAAGGAGGGAUUCAACAUACCGAAAUUCAAUGGGCUCUAUGGAAAAAUAACCGACCUGCCACCUGAAUUCCAACAACAAGGGGAACUAGUGCAACGAUUUGCCCGGUCAUGCUCGAAUCUAAACAUUGCCAUUCUGCGAGCAUUUUCAAUGUGUUUGCAAAUCCCUGAAAAGGACGGCGGACGAGAAUACUUGCCAAAUCGUCAUCGAUAUUCUGAAAAGAGUGGAGAUAUUUUGAGGUUGUUGCAUUAUCCACCGACCAAUGUUGAUGGUGAAAAUCGAGCUGGAGGACAUUCGGAUUAUGGAACUAUUACCUUGCUGUUUCAACAAGAUGUUGGUGGACUUGAAGCUUUACUAAGAGCGUCUCCACAAGAAGAGCCAAAAUGGGUUCCUAUCCCACCACGAAAGAAUGCUAUUGUUGUCAACACUGGAGAUCUACUUGAAUUUUGGACUGCUGGCUUGUUUAAAUCUACAGUGCAUCGCGUGGUCUCUGUCGCUAGCUCUGUGUCGAGAUUCUCCAUCCCAUACUUUUGUCAGCCUGAUGAUGAUGCACCUUUGACACCAAUCCCGUCACCUUUACUUGCAAAUCGAGAAAUACCUGAUGAAGCGUUGGCCAAGAUUGAGAGCGAACAUGGAUUCGCUGGAGGCAGGAGAGAGACCUUGACUGCCGCUGAGCAUUUGAAGCUACGGUUGUCACGUACAUACUUGUAUUAA